UUUCAUGAUGAUUCCAGAUUAAUGUAUUGACAGUACUGAAGCCACAGUUCUCAGAUAGUCCCAGAGCUAAGCAAAAAUGAAGGAUUCUGGAUUGUUUUCAUACCAAAAUUUUGUUCAUGCUGUUGCAGGAUCCACAGGUAGUGUCAUUGCCAUGACAGCAUUCUACCCCCUUGACACAGUGAGAGCACGGCUUCAGUUGGAGGAGAGACGUCAGGCUAAAGGCACCCUCAGAACUGUCCAGGACCUUGUUCAAGAAGAGGGAUGUGCUUCACUCUAUCGAGGGGUGGUCCCAGUCCUUGAGAGCUUGUGCGUUUCAAACUUCGUCUACUUCUAUACAUUUCAUGGACUCAGAAGAACAUUUUAUCUCUCUUCUCCAAGUCCUCUGAGGGACCUUGGCUUUGGCUGCCUUGCCGGUGUGAUCAAUGUUCUGACCACAACUCCCCUUUGGGUAGUGAACACAAGGUUGAAAUUCCAGGGUGCCACGUUCAAAGUUGGAGAGAGUCUGCAGCGACCAAAGACAGAUUACCAAAACCUUCUCGAUGGCCUAUAUAAGAUCUACAGAGAAGAAGGCACGGGAGCCUUGUGGGCAGGUACAUUGCCAUCCCUCAUCCUGGUCCUGAAUCCAGCCAUUCAGUUCAUGACCUAUGAGGCAUUGAAACGACGGUCAGCUGGGAAGAAUGUUGGCCCUCUUGGGUACUUCCUCAUGGGAGCUGUCUCCAAGGCCAUUGCCACUGUCAUCACUUACCCCCUCCAAAUCAUCCAGGCAAAACUGAGGUAUGGUCACAAGUAUGUCGGGCUAAGUAAGGAUGUCAGCGUUUUGGAUCUCCUUCGCUUCAUUUUCAGGAACCAAGGUGUUCGAGGCCUGUACAAGGGGAUGGAAGCAAAGCUGCUUCAAACAGUGCUCACAGCAGCACUCAUGUUCCUCUGUUACGAGAAGAUUGCAGCUUUUGUGUUUCGUAUCCUUGCCACUUCCAGGAAGGCCCAUUGAUGAAUUCCCAUUCUGUUCCCUCCUUAUAUUUACCCCUGGAUUCUAUAUCUACCAUCAUUCAUCAUCAUGCUGUACUGUAAUCCCAGGUGGUGGUGUAUGUAUUGCAUUGAUACUGUGGGAACAUCUUCACAAUGACAUUGACACAGUGUGGAAGCAUCUGUGAUAUUCUUCCUUGCUGAUUGUAGCCCUUAUGUCAAGCAAUUCAUGAAUUAUUUUGGAACUGGGACGAAAGCUCUUUUAAUGGCAUUCUUGCUCGGGUCAGGUCAUUUUUGUUGGCUCGAUAACAAAGCCAAAGUUUUCUGAAGUUCCAGUAUUCCAUAUAAUAUUUUUCUGUGAUUAAUGCAACAGUGAGGAUCAUGCCUGUUCUUGUUCUUUUCAAACAGUUUGAUAGACUGAGCAGACCCUUUUAUACAGUAUGCAAAAAUGUUCAUGAAAUUUGCAAGGGUCAGCAUGGUCACAUAAAGGUUGUGCUCUUGUGCAGGCUUUUUAACCUGUAAAGAUUUUCAAAUGAUAUGUUAUCUUUUUUUGAAUUGAAAAUAUAAUAAAAUAGAGCAAAGCCUCUGAAACAGAUGAACAUAUUGACUGGCAGGCCUGAAAUACACUUGUAAAAAUGUAUGAGCAGAGAAUUUGGAGCAGAUAAAUGAAAAACAUGUCAUCAAUUUUUCAUCAAUGGCAUUAUUACUGGCAUUGAAAUUGCUAGUUCUUUUUUUGUUGUGGAAUGGCUUUAUGGUGACAGGUGUGCA